CCACCUCUCGGACGCGGAACGGCGAAAUGGCGAAGAAGACGUACGACCUGCUGUUCAAACUGCUGCUCAUCGGCGACUCCGGCGUCGGCAAGACCUGCAUUCUGUUCCGCUUCUCGGACGAUGCCUUUUCCACCACGUUCAUUUCGACGAUAGGUAUCGACUUCAAAAUUAAGACAGUGGAAUUAAGAGGAAAGAAAAUCAAAUUACAGAUAUGGGACACAGCUGGGCAGGAGAGAUUUCACACUAUUACAACAUCGUAUUACAGAGGAGCAAUGGGCAUUAUGCUUGUGUAUGACAUUACCAAUGAGAAAACGUUUGAAAAUAUUGUGAAAUGGUUGAGAAAUAUCGAUGAGCACGCGAAUGAAGAUGUGGAGAAGAUGAUACUAGGAAAUAAGAGCGACAUGGAAGAUAAACGCGUUGUUAGCACUGAAAAGGGAGAGGCGAUAGCGAGAGAGCACGGCAUUAGAUUUAUGGAGACUUCCGCGAAGGCGAAUAUUAACAUUGAUCGAGCAUUUAGCGAGUUGGCGGAAGCGAUAUUGGACAAAACACAUGGCAAGGAACCACAAGACGCGCCCGACAGAGUGACGGUUGAUCGAAGGGUAGAGCGAAGUUCGAACCGGUGCUGCUAAUUUUAUAUGUAUAUUAUUUAUUUUAACGGCGCAUAAACGAACUAUAUAUCAGCUCGUGCCACUUGGAAUAGAGUCCUCGAUAGAUUUAGAGCGUAAUUCAAAGCAUAAUAACAUAAUUAAACACCUCACGACACUGCCUGAGUUAUAAUCCAGUCUCACGCAUAUAAUCUGCUCCGGCAAAAGUACAUUUUUCUAUGCUGUAAUUGAAAAACAGAGAAGUAAAAUUGUCAUUAACAAAAAAAAAAAAACUUAUAAGAGGAACAUGAUUGCACAUUGGAAUCAACACGUGAAAGUUACGAUCUUUGAUUUUUUUUUCUAUAUCUGCGUCUAAAUGUCAGCAAAACAAGUUUAUAACAAUACGGGCGCUUUUCCAUGCAUAUGUAAUUGUAUCUAUAAUUGUAUCUGUGGCAUAUAAGCGAAUUCGAGGUUUCGUUAAUUUAUACAGAAUGCUAUUCGUUUAAACGAUCAAACCACUAAUAUGUUCGGUGGUAGAAGUGAGAGAAACAAAUUUUAUUAAUAAAUUCUUAAGGUGUUUAAUUCCA